GUUUCUUUUUAUAAACAUAAAAUAUAUAAAAAAAAAAUGGAAAACCCAUAUUCAGUUUUAGAAACAGAAGACGUUGAAGAAGGAGAGCAAAAAGUCGUCGAAUAUUUCCGUUUCAACAGUCUUGUUCCCGAUGUCAAAGUGGAAUUAAGCGACUCUAACUUUCCUGUGGACAGAUACAGAAAAAGUUCUUCAUUACUAGUUUGCUCAAGCAUUUAUGGGUAUUUUGUCGCCGGCUCUUGCUCUGGUAAAGAAAUUGAAUUGUUCAAUGUCUUUUGACAUUAGAAUUUAACAACAAUUUAAUUUAGGUUUUGUUUUGGGACAAACCGAACAAUUGCGUGCAACCAUUUACGGGGCUGAACGUGGUGUUGAUGCUACGCCUUUUGAGGAUUUGAUCAAGGUAUCCGUCACAGAAGGCCAAGUCAAUAUUAUCGCCUUGACGUGCGAUAAUCUUCAACUCCUUGUG